AUGCUGAAUCAUCUUAUAAAAGUACCGCAAAAGACAGAACCAAAAUUGGUUCUAUGGUUUAGACGCAUUGUCAUUAUUUCAGCAUUAAUUUUAUUAAUUAGUGCUUUCUCAUUAUUAUGUGUAAGAGUAUUUAAUGAAGUGCCUACUAUUAUUACCACAAUUACAACAGAUGAUAAAAUACUUGCACCAG